UCCGCAGAAUCAAAAAAGACAGCUGGGAAGUGUAACAUCACACAUCGAUUCGGCGGCCCUACAAGCUCGAAAAACUUUUCGUUUCCGCGUUUCUUGUGAUUGCUGAUGUUUCUUUAGGAAAUAAACGGUGUUCGUCGCAUCUGUUUGAACGAAACGCGUGUGGUGCGGUGUAGAAAGUGACCGUUCUGCUGAUACGAACCAAUGUGCUGAUACAAACGUGACUGUUGGUUAUGCGGUGGUUCCUGUCACGAACAGCAGCCCUUGUUCAACCCCCGUUUCACGAGUUUCGCAGCGACGAAGGAGGGAAGCUCUGCAUGAUACAAGCGUGGCGGUCACUGCAUUGCGAUUGGCGGCGCUGCAAUAGCGUCGACGAGAUAUCAACGAGGAGGACGACGGCGACGGCGACGGCGACGACGACGACGAGGACGUCGACAAGAACGACGGCGUGAUCGUGUCGCGGGGGUGGUGGGGUUGAAAAUCGGCGCUUGCCCGGUGUCUCCUGUAUACCUCUAUCUCCCCUCGAUUUCCUUCCCCUUUUUCCAUCCACUGCCCCCUAUAUUCUCCGUGCCGGUGCCUCUUACUCCUACCCACGUGCGUAAGAGGUACGUGUGCGUGCGGUGGAGGCGCGUAGGCACGCACACGCGACCGCUGUAGAAAACGUAGCGCAGCAUUGUCGACGCGCCUGCGCCGGCCGAUUGUUCGGUGGUGGGGCGGCGCGUAGUGGGGGGCGCGUGUCACCUGUCGUGGUGGUGCGCGUUGUCAGUGUGACGGCGACCGCCGUGAGUUACGGAUCGUUCAAGUGGUUGGUUGCGUUUGGUGUCGUCUGGUCGCGCGGUGCAUCGGUAUAAACGCAUACCACGAUCGCGUAUCUACGUACGUGUGCCGAUUCGUCGUUGCCUACCUCUUUCGCGUACACGCACGCGCCUUCUCUCUCUCUCUCUCUCGCUCGCUCGCUCGCUCUCUUCACCUCUCUUGCCGCCUCUCUUUUACCUCCCACCCAAAUACCUCUCCCCGUCCCUUUUUCGAUCGCCGAUUUUCGGAUCCGUCGAGGUGCGUGCGGGCACGCCGCGUUCGAUCUCGUGAAUGUGCGCGAUCAGGAAGCCGGUCGUCCGCAAGGAAACAUGCGUGAGCAGAGCUGGAGGACAACGACUGCGACAACGACGAGGAACACGCUGCACGUGACUGCGGCACCCUCGCACGUUCUGCUGCAGUGAGUGGAGAGAAAGGGAGGAAAAAGAGAGUGAUAGAAACACGUCCUUUCUCCUUCCGCUGUUACGUCGGAGCCUGUGCUUGCUAACGGGGAGUAAAAAAGAGUGCCGGUGGUUGGUGCGGUAUUCGUGAGUUACCGAGGAUCUUUCUCCUUUUUUUCUCGUGAUCUACGGAGGAGACUACGAAUCCUGGCACGUUUUCGGUGUCGUUCGAACCACCCGAGAGAAGAUGAGGCGUACCAUCUUGGAAACGAGGAUGCACCCCGUGUUAUCCUGUUGGUGCGUUGUCGCCACUGUCACCCUCGUCCUCGCAGCGUGGCAGGAAAACAUCAGGCCGAAGAUGUACGUCCAACUCGGUGCGGAAGAUGUGUUCAGGUUUACGGGGAACGAGACGCACACAGACUACUUUCGGCUGGUGCUCCGGGACGGGAACUAUCUUCUGGUCGGCGGAAGGAAUCUCGUGCACAAUCUGAGCCUGACCGAUUUGACCGAGCAGCAGAGGUUGACUUGGUACUCGACCGACAGUGACGUGAAGAUGUGCCUGGUGAAGGGCACGCCUGAGGAGAAUUGCCAGAAUUAUAUUCGCAUCCUCGUGAAGACGGACGCGAACACGUUGCUUGUGUGCGCGACGAACGCGUUCAAGCCGAUGUGCCGCGACUACGGGGUGCACGCCGGCAAUUACACGAUACUGAAGGAGAAGGGUGGGCAGGCAAUGUGCCCUUACGACCCGAGGCACAACAGCACCUUCGUAUACGUGGACGGGGAGCUUUACACGGGCACUGUGGCCGAUUUCGCGGGGAUGGACCCGAUCAUCUACAGGGAGCCGCUCCAAACCGAGCAGUACGACUCCAAGAGCCUAAACGCGCCAAACUUUGUCAACUCCAUGGCCCAGGGAGACUUCGUCUACUUCUUCUUCCGGGAGACCGCCGUGGAGUACAUCAAUUGCGGCAAGACCGUCUAUUCUCGCGUAGCGAGAGUCUGUAAAUACGAUCGAGGUGGUCCGCAUCGAUACCGCAAUAGGUGGACCUCGUUCCUAAAAUCCCGUCUUAAUUGCUCCGUUACCGGAGACUUUCCUUUCUACUUCAACGAGAUACAAUCGACGACGGAAUUGAUAUCGGGCCAGUACGGCAAUAAGUCGGCGCAGUUGAUAUAUGGGACGUUCACCACCCCGGUGAACAGCAUAAGCGGCUCGGCCGUGUGCGCCUUCUCCUUGCAGGACAUCACAGACACGUUCAAGGGGAAUUUCAAGGAGCAGAGUGCGAUCAACUCGAAUUGGCUGCCCGUGCAGAGCACCAAGGUGCCCGACCCGAGGCCCGGCCAGUGCGUCAACGAUUCCCGAUCUCUGCCCGAUCUCACCCUCAACUUUAUCCACACGCACUCCCUGAUGGACGAGCUGGUCCCGAGCUUCUUCGGCCAACCCAUCGUCAUUCGCACCAGUUUCCAUUACAGGUUCACGCAGAUCGCCGUCGAUCCCCAGGUGAAGACGCCCGGCGGCAAGACGUACGACGUGUUGUUCAUCGGGACGGACAACGGGAAGGUGAUCAAGGCGGUGAACGCCGAGUCGGCGGACACCCACCUUAAGGUGAGCCCCGUGGUGAUCGAGGAGAUCCAGGCGUUCCCCUCCACGGUGCCCGUGCGAGGCAUCAAGGUGGUGAGGGCGUCGCAGGCGGGCGACGGCCUCGAGGACGGCCGACUGGUGGUGAUCGCCGAUAGCCAGGUACAGGCGUUGAGGCUGCACCGUUGCUACAGCGACAGGAUCUUGUCGUGCGGCGAGUGCGUGGCCCUUCAGGACCCGUAUUGCGCCUGGGACAAGGUGGAGGGCAAGUGCAGAGCAUUGGUCGGGCCGGCUGCCACGGACGCGAGCAGAUUCCUUCAGAGCGUCGCGACCGGGUUGCACGCCUCGUGCCCGCCCAGCAAAAGUCUGAACAAGGAUGCCGGCAGCGUUGGCGCCAUCUCUGCGAACCAGAACAAAUUCCCACCCGACUCGAUGAUCCCCAACAAGGAAGGCCAAGGCGGGGAGAUCAUCAAUAUCAUGCAGGACGAGGAGCAGGACAAUUCAGGUCCGGAAGUAUCGGCGGCCGACUCCCCCCCACCGCAAUACUCGGUGGAGACCCUGGUGAUGGCCGUCGUGGCUGGCGCGUUAGCCGCUCUGUUGGUCGGCUUCGUGGCCGGCUACCUGUGCGGCAGGAAAUGUAGAAAGGACGAGGACGAUAAUCUGCCGUAUCCGGACACGGAGUACGAGUACUUCGAGCAGCGGCAAAAUGUGAACAGCAGGCUAGCGCCGGAGCCAAAAUUAUUGCCCCAGGAGGAGGUGACGUACGCCGAGCCUGUCCUGGUCCCGCAACCGCCUAAGCUCCACUCGCCGAAAGGAACGAUGCGCAAACCACCACCGACCCCGACGGAAACGCUGUUCCAGUUCCCGGACGGGUACGGGUUCCGCGGGGCGAGGGACAACUUCGGCACCCUCCGCUCGCACCAGGGCGACGCGUAUCGGCGCAACGACGGGUUCGCGACCACCCGCAGCGUGAAGAAGGUUUAUCUCUGAGAAACGAGCGAGGAGGGAGGUGGCCGUCACCGGAGCUUAGGGCGGCCAGCGCGCAACCGGCACAACGCGACCACAGCGGCAAGGAGUAGUCGCGCUGUGACGUCAGGGGGACAGUCGAACCGCGAGCUCGCGGGGCCAAGGGCGCUAGAGUCGCCCUCGCCGCCCUCGAGCGUUUCGUCCAGUUCCCCGUCCCCUCCCUCCUCGUCACCCUCGCCGACCCUCGUACCGAUCGCCAUGAGCGGCGGUGGCUCGCCCCCGCCGCCGACACCGCCCUGCAGCUACAUAUAUCGAUCAUAGUCGUCGUCGACCGCGUCGGCGUCGGCCUCGUCACCGCCGCCGUCGUACUCGGCUUCUUGUUACGCGACGCCAGCCGCUGGGACACCGUUCUACAGCCCAGCCGCGCGUCCCGAUCCUGUAUAGUAGCGUGUUCACCGCACACAUUGCCCCUCCUCCGCCCACCCUCCCGCGCGAUCACGUCGAGAGUCACGUCCUCUCGCCGAUCGCGAUCUUUUGAAACUUUCCCUUGCGUUUUUCGUUCGUUCCCCCUUUCGUUCCCCCCGUGCUUGAUUCCCUCGGUUGCCUUUCAGACCGUCGACGAUGGACGCGCGUCGAUCCAGGAUUACCGAGUAAAGUGACGAUCGUCGUGACCACAGCCACAAAAUCACCGCCACGCUUCGUCGAGGAAGAUCCUAGAUGAUGAAAGAAAGAGAGUUGGAGAGAGAUUUUUCAAGAAGAGAGAAAGAGUAUAUAUAUAUAUAUAUAUAUAAAUAUAUAUUAUUCCUUAUAGAAGAGGCGAGAUGAAGGCGCGUUGAUUCGAGCUUCGCUCGGUGAUCAGGCUCGAGAAUGGUGCGUCGAAUCGUUCGCGAUGGAAUCGUGGCGAUCUCCGCCGUUUUAUAUCGACCGUUUCUUAUUAUUAUUAUUAUUAUUAUUAUUACUAUUAUUAUUAUUAUUAUUAUUAUUACUAUUAUUAUCAUUACUACUACUAUUACUACUAUUACCACUAUCGACGAUACCCGCGCGUAGUAUUACGACAAAGGUUACUUCUCGUGAAGUCAAUUAAAAGAGACUAUCUCGUCGGACUCGACUUGCGAUUUUUUCUAAUGUUGUAAUAUUUAAACGCGAGUGAUUGACAGUGCCAUUAUUGUUCGCGUAAUACUACCGCGUGCCUCGAAGAAAAAAAAAAAUUUUUUAAAAGGGAUCGCGCGAGCCGAUCCUUCUUGUUCUUCUCUUAACGCUCUCGACGGCGAACAGAUGAGUCGAGAAUGAGAAAAUGAGAGACAACACCAUACUCUUCGUAUUAGUCACGGCAUCGUGCCAUAAACACACACGCGCACACGCACACGUACACGUACACGCGCGCAUACACACAUUCGCAUCGAUCGAUUCGGAUUUGGAGAUGAAAAAAAAUCGCGGAGAUCGUCACACGUCGCCUUUACGAUGUGUUGGUUAAUCGAGCAAGACUCUCUUCAAAUGUGAGGCAGUUUGACGAAACGGAGUUACCGCCGAGAGAUUCCCACGGAUUUCCUAAUUUUCGGAAACACGCGUUUCACCACCUGCACAUAUACGUAAUACGGAGAGAUGAGAGAGAAAGAGAGAGAGAGAGGGAAGGAAGAGAGAAAGCGUGCGUGUGUGAGGUGUGUCUAAAAGAGGAGGUGUUUAAUCAGAGACACGAGAGACACUUGCCAGAGAGGAAGGAAGGAAGGAAGGAAGGGAAGAGGUAUGUAGGACUUGUAUGUAAAUAAAUUCACGUUAUAUAAAGAAAAAAGAGAGAGAGAGAGAGAGAGAGAGAAGAAACAAAUAACAUAUACGAAGGAGUUUAAUAAAAGAGUUCUAUGAGCUGCAGUGAUUUGUAAAGGGAGAAACGAGAAUCAGUCCAUCUAAAGAAUCUGGGCCCGAUGGUACACGUAGACAUCUAUCUUAAAGUGCUUCUUAUUUCAGUGUGUUUAGAAGUAACGCGUAUGUGAUAUAUACUAUAUGACGAGGUGUUUUUCUAGGCGUUGAGAGAAAGCGAGAGAGCGAAAGGAAAUGAGCGAUAGAGAGAGAACGAGUGUGUGUGUGAGAAAGAGAAAGAGUGUAUGUGCGUGCGUGCGCGUACGAAAGAGAAAGAAAGAGUAUAAAAUGGUGAGGAGAGAUGUAUAGUAUCACUCUCUUCGACGAAUUUCAAGUAGAAACAGUAUGAUGGACGCGGCGAUGAACUCGACGAUCCUUUGUUCACAAGAAUUAAUUCGUCUUGAGCGUGCGCUUUCGCGAAACAAUCGUAGCCGCUUCCCUCCUCGCCCCUUCAAAAAAAAUUAACCCCUCGAAAAUUAUAUCCGAAUUUUUCCGCUCGUCUCCUCUUCCCAUCUCCACGCUCUCGUCUCUCCUCGAGACCAAGUUAAAAUUUGCCGAGUUAAGAAUCUCUGAAGAUUCUGUGAACAAUCGAGCGAGAUCAUUCGCCGCGAUUCGAUUCACUCUUUUCGAUUUAAUUUUUCCGUUCUUAUUCGACACGCACACAAUUACACCGAGUACACCGAGGCAAUUAACAACGUUGACGUUUGUUUGUCACACAAACGUUUUCUCGUAUACCACCGAUCGUUUCGAUCGGUCAAAAAACCACCCCCCACCCACCCAACCUCCGAUCGACUCUUUUCUCGAUUGAAAAGAAACGAACAAGGCCCGCCGCUUCACGCGCCCCCUCCCCCAAAAUGGUAAGACUGAAAAGAAUCUUUGGAAGAAGAGGAAGAGGAAGAGGAAGAAGAGGAAAAGAAAAAAACGGGCGGGCCUCCACCAUCCACGUUCAUCUUUAGAGUUUACGAAUUAGAUCGGCAUCGACGAACACGGUUUCCUUUCAUUUUUGUCGACAAGUACAAAUUUCAAAAUAAACGAGCGAGGGGAGGACGUUUGGCCACGUUUCACGGUGCAAAUGAGCGCCUUUCUUCUCCUUCUUGAACAAGAAGAAGAAGAAAUGAAAGGAGAAAAAAAGAGAAAUAAUAAUAAUAAUAAUAAUAAUAAUAGUAAUAGUAAUAAUAAUAAUAAUAAUAAUGAUAAUGUUAAUAAUAAUGAUAAUGAUAAUGAUAAUCAACGCAAGGGCCUGCGGGAUUCAUUUCACGUUCCUGGCAAAAGACUGUUGUUCGCAUGCGUCCAAGAAAGAAGGAGGAUGCAAGGCGUCGUCCAUCCUGCGCGUGAAACGAGAAAAAAGAUUGACAAGGAAACGAAAAAAAGGAAAAGGGGAGACUCGAUUUGUACACGCAAUCGUUAUUAUAUAUACACACAAUCACACGCGCGCGCGCCCGCGCAAAUGACGCAUAAAUGCGCGUUUCGAUGCUGCCAUGUUUUAUUAUCGAUUCGACACUUCUCGUCGUUUGCAAAAUAAUCUAAUUGUAAAUCCUCCGAUUUAGGUAGAGUAUUUUUAAUCGGCUUGUUUUUCCACUUUGUCGGAGAGGUAUGGACGUUUUUUCUAAGUUUGAUACUAAAGAUACUAAAGAGAGAGAGAGAGAGAGAAAAAAAAGAAAGAAAAAAAAAGAAAAAAUAAAAUAGAAGAAUAUAAAAAAAACGAGUUUUAUCCGAUUAAGGUUCUAUUAGAGAAAAAGGAGAGAGAAAAAAAAAAAAUCCCUUAGUGGAAUCCUUCUUACGAGGAAGAACGGAAGACUCAGGCACGAUACCAAAGAUAUUACUUAUAUAACUAGGGCACCGUUGGUCGUUGCGAUGAUGAUUGAUGAAUGUACAGAGGCGCACAAAAAGAGAAAGAGAAAGAGAAAUUAAAAACAUAAUAAUAAUAAUAAUCGUUAAGGGAUUGCUGGCCCCUCGCACAAAAAUCGAGAAUGUAGAGGUAGAAUAGACCGUCGAGAGAACAGAGAUAGAUCACCUCUUUCACCUUUCUUUUCAAUCGUAUCGUUCAUCACCCGGGGUGAUGAUUUCGUUUUAUUGAUCGAAUCGCGAUUGAUUGGUUUGUUUUCUUCCGCGUAAUUGCUCGUGCGUAAUCGCGAGAGACUACGAGAUCGAUGCCAUUCGUUUUUUUUUUAGAUCGAUGCAUUUUUCUCGCUCCUGUGUUUCCUUCUUGUUUGCAUCCCAGCGAAGGGAGGGGUGAAGGGAGAAUAUUUCGGAAGAUGAACGGUUGAUGAUCGAGCGAGAACAGAUCGAGGGAGAAUAAAGAAAUUCGUGGCUUUGGAACUUCACGUGGGGUGAAAAGUGUAUAUAUAUAUAUAGUAAAGGGGAGGAAAGAUCGAAUCGCGCAUCACGCGUGUUGGAAUCAAGUAAUGCAUGAAAGGAUGCGAGAGGAUAGAAAGCGGUUGUUGUGCAACGGUUUCGCGUUUGGAGAGAUAUAUAUAUAUUUUUUUUUCCUUUCUUUUCUUUUCGAGACGAGGAUUAUUACGUGUAGCAGCAUUAUUGUUGGAACAAUAAGAGAAUGAUGGCAGGGAUAAUCGAAGAGAGGGAGGAAGGGGGGGAAGGGAGAGAGAUGACGAAAGAGAGAAAAAUCAGAAUUUUUAUGAUAAUCUUAACGAUAUUAUAAUCGAACGUUGAUACUUCUAAUAAGAGUUAAAAAGGGACAAAAAUGGGGAGGGGGAGACGUUUACAGAGAUUCGUGUUAAACGUGUUCAAAGGAGCUCGCGCGUUCGUGUUGUUUAAGCCAAUAAGGAACGGAUUCCAUCCAAGAAACAAAAAAGAAAAAGAAAAAAAAAAAAGAAAGAGAAAAAGAAACGGGAAAGGAAGAUUUGAUUCGCGAUGUCGUUAGUUGCGUGGACGAAUUUUUCUUUUUUCUUUUUCCUUUUUUCUUUUCUUUUUUUUUUUUUUUUUUUCCCCUAAUCAUUUUCGAUUAACCGAAUCUUUUCGUUAAGAAACUGGAAAUUAUUAGUGCACGAAAGAGAAACGAAAAAACAAAAAUUUGGGACAAAUUUGAGUUAUCGAGUUUCAUGCAUUAUUUUAUUUCAAUCGCUCGAUUGACAGGUUAACAUUUUUUUUUUUUUUCUUUUAUUCCUCCUUCCUUUUUUUUCUUCGUUUUCUUUUUCCUCGAUUGUUUUAAACCGACUUUAAACCGAUAGAUAUGUUUUUUUAAACGGGAGAGCGAAAAAGAGAAACGAAAAAAUAAGGAGAAAGAAAGAAAGAAAGAAAGAGUAAGGAGUUGAAAGGUGAAGAAAAAAAAAAGGAGAAAGAUAGAUGACGAGAGAAUGCGCGUGUGCUUGAUCGAUUGUGAAAAGUUUAGCCAGUUAUUACGAUUAUAAAUUGAGAAGAAGAAAAAAAAAUUAGUUAAACGUACGGGGUUUUCCCCGUUUGAGGGGAAACACCUCCGAUUAGAUGAUCGCAGCAUGUAUGAGAGAACAAAAGUUUUGAUGAUGAAAGCUUAGACGUAAGUAGAGGAUUAGCGAACGGUAUAUAUAUAUAUAUAUAUAAAUAUAUAUAUAAAUAUAAAUAUAAAUAAAUAUAAAUAUAAAUAUAAAUAAAAUAUAUAUAUAUAUAGAACGCUUGAAACGUAUAUUAAUAUUAUAACUUUUUAUAAAUAUAUUUUUCCGUCGAAGUCUAGCCUAGUUGGAUACAUACACGGUUAUUAACGACUAUUAAUUUAUCCGAUCUGAUUACUAUAUCGAGGAUCUAGUGUUAAUUCGAACAUUUUAGACGUCAUAGUUUUACAUGAUAGGCGAAGUAUGUACGAAUUGUAAGUGGCUCGAAAUGAGAACGAGAAAGAUUAAGAAACCGGAUUAAGAAACGAGAGAGCCGAGAGAAUGGAAUAAGGGAUGAAAGAGAGAGAGAGAGAGAGAGAGAGAGAGAGAGAAUACAUUAGUACCUAACGUUAUGAAAUUUAACUACUAGCGUUGAGCCACUCGCAGAAAAGGGUCGGCUCAGCCGCUUCGUGGAUCAUUCAUCGAUCGGCAUCGAUCCCCUCCCCGAUACUUCGUCGAUAUUUCUCGAGCCGAGUUAAAAAUCCCUCGACUCGAGAGGCGAACGUCGAGUUUAUCAUUCGCGCAACAACCCCUCUUUUUGAAAGAUCGAUCGAGGCGAAUGUCCACGGAGCGACCAGCCCUCCCCUUUUUUUCGUGCUUUGUAAAGUUAAGUGAGAAGCAAGAAGGAAAAAAGAAAAAAGAAAAAAAAAAGGAAAAAAAAAAAGAAAAAAAGAAGAGAAUGCGAGGAGAUCGAGACGGAGAGUUGGAAGGAGCGAGAGAGUGAGCAAGAGAGUGAAACCGAGAGAAAGAGAGAGAGAGAACGAGUGCGUAUAUAACCACGUAUAUACAUAGUCUGCAUAUACACGACAUCCUUCUUUUUUAAUUUCUCUUCUUCCGUUUCCUUUUCAUUUUUCCAGAGAAAAAGUAAACGAGAGAGAGAGAGAGAGAGGGAGCGAGAGGAGAAGCGUGCGUGAAGUAGAGAAAGAGCGAGAGAGAGUAUGAACGACGAGAGCCCGGUACGAAAUACCCCGAAAAAUUCCCCUUCGAAAGGAAUAAGAUGAAAAAAGAUGAGAUGAAAUUGCAAAUUGCGGCACGGGCUCUCGUUCACACGCGUACUGAUACACGAGCGAGCACUAAUUACCGCAUGUAAACGCUAAUUAAUAAUUACCGAUUAACUACCAAGUAAUAAUCAAUACUGUUAACUAAAGUAAUAAACGCGAUCGCGAUUUACCAGAGGAUUUUUAAAGGGCGAAACAAAAUGAACACUAAUAGUAUUUAUCAACGAUAAACGUAACGAGAACGUAACACGUAUUUUGCUUCUUCCUAAUACAGUGCCGUUUACGCUAUUUUUUACUUGUAACUGAUAGAGAGAGAGAGAGGGAGAGAAAGGGAGCGAAUGAGAGAGCGAAAGAGUGCGAAAGAGAGAGAGAGAGAAAUUCGGCCAGGGGAUGGCGCGUCGCGCGGCAUUCUCGAGGAAGGGAGGGGAAGGGAGAGAGGAGGGCGAGCCUACUAUCCCCUCACAACAAAUAUUUCGCGAGAUCGUGCGAUUCGUCGAGUGUGGUGUGAGAGGGAAAGAGAAGAGAGUGAAAGGGGUUGAAGACAGAGGGAGUUUCGAGUUUCUAUUUAGAGCGGCUAUUGUAAAAAAAAAAAAAAAAAAAAGGAAAAAAAAAGGGAAACUGUUAAACUGAAGUGACUCUGCCGCGUGUUUCGUAAUCGUAAACUACGCGAUUCAACCAGUUGUUGUUCGGGGGGCAAAAACGUUGUUGGGUCGAUUGAUCGAUUCGAGGCCUUUGUACGUAUCGUUGUACGAUCCUUCGAGAGGCGUUUGUAAAAAAGAAAAAAAGAAGAAGAAGAGAAAUAUCGUUGAUUCGUGGUAAGAAAUUUUUGCCCUCGCCCGGGCUGGCUCUCUUAUAAUAACGUUUCGAUCAAUCAGCCUCUCGUGUUUCCCUCCUCCUCCUCCUCCUCCUCCUCCCUCCCCCCCGUCCCCGUUGAUUUACCCCCGCAGUCGCGCGAGAUCUCUGAAUUUCUGUCCUCUAGGCAGCGCGUGGUUGCAUCCAUUAUUGUCAAUUAAGAACGGAAUCAACGGCGAAUAAUUUUUCCAGUCGUUCCUUCAGUCGCAAUCUUUUUCGUGAACUUGUCGCGUCUGUGAAUCCUCCCUCUUCCCGAUUUUUUCACCGUGGAAAAAAGAAAGAAAGAAAGAAAGAAAGGGGAAAAAAAAACAACGGGCUACGAACCGGGCAAUCGUCCAGAGGACACGAAAAUUUGAACGGAAAAUUGUCUUUCUUCUAAAUUGACUGACUGGGGUGAUAAAUUUUCCGUGGCAAGAGUCACACGAAUAUGGGGAAUAGAAAGUGGAGAUACGGGAGGGAGAGCCUUUGACUUAAUUAUUAAUCGUGCGACUCGCAGGUUAUUUAUAUAGUGAGAACACCAUUCAGCGAAACUGAUCGAGAGAAUGGGGAUGCGUGCGCGAGUUUGUACGCUGAGCGGGUUUUAUUUAUGGGUGUGGAAUCAUUUUGUUGAGAACGAGUGCGAGAAAGCGAGAAUGAGAGGAGAAGAGGUGAAAAUUUUUGGCGCAACGUUUCGCGAUAGCGCGAUAAAAAAAAUUCCAUUUGUUCAUUCGCGACCACCCGGGACCUUGGGCGGUGGGAUAAAAAAAAAAGUUCGCGGGUGGUCGGAUCGAUUUUUAAAAGAGUACAGUACCGGGGGAAUGAAUAAUAAUUAAUAAUAAUAUUAAUAAUACUAAUAAUAAUAACGAUAUUGCAUUAAUACCGAAGGUAUAUUAUUGCCGAUAAUUAUAUUGUAACGACACGAGAAUGAUAUUAUAUAAUACUCUUUAUAAACGCAGGAGGAGAUGAUUAUUAUGUAACGCGGUGAAAUAUUGAGGAUUACGGAGUGAACUGAAAACGAGAGAGAGAGAGAUCGAUACGCAAGACCGAGAGAAUGAAAGAUGAGAGAAUGAGAGGGAGAGAUUGGGAUCUCGAGAGACUGAGAGGAAUGGAAGGAAGGGAUGGAAGAGUGGUAAAGUAGUUUUUUUCGCAGUAGGUUGACGAUAGAGACACGGCACGUCUAAUAUUAACGAACAAAAAAAAAUAAAUAAAUAAAUAAUAAAUAAUAAUAAUAAUAAUAAUAAUUAAAAAAAGUAAAGUAAAAAAAAAAAAAUAUCAUAACGCGAAAAAAAGGUACAGUAGUGAUUUACUAUCGGCUGACACGUAGUGUGAAUGCUGAAAUAGGAGAAGCAUGCUGGCAACGAGUGCUUUUGUGGAUUCCGGAUAGACGGGAUGUUGGAGAGGAGGAAGGAACAGGAAAGGAUGAUCGGUUUCGGCUCGAUUUCGCGAUCUUCCGAGAACGAAGAUCGACGUAAUUACAUGAAAAUAUAACGUAUAAAAGUAUAACAAUUGGCAGAAACGAUUUUAAUUUGAACGAGAAGGAUUUCCUUCGAAUUAUCGUUCGUCGUCGGGCGACGAUUGCUGAAGACGGCGGUCAUCGUGGUCGCGUUUCGCGAUACUUUCUUUCCUCGAGACGAGAAUUCUUCCCAGUAGGCGUAGUAGUAUAACGAGGAUGAAUGAAAACGCGAGGGAAAGAGGGAUUCGUUUCCAUUACCGUAUUGCGUCUGUUAUGCCUGACAUAGUUCGCUAUUAAGAAGAGGAAGAAGGCGAGGCAUUCUUUAUUAAGAAAAGAGGGAAAAUGAAUAUGUGGGAAGGAAGGAAGGAAGGAAGGAAGGAGCGAAGACGAGCCGAAGCAGGAAAGAUCGAGCGCGGAGGAAUGGAAGAGAGAGAGAGAGAGAGAGAACGUGGAUUAUUGCGAGAGAAAAAGAGAAAUGAGAUGAAGUGAGAGAGAGAGAGCGAGCGAAUGGGAGAAUGAGAGAGAAGAGUAAGAGGGUGGCGAGCGAGGGAGAGAAAAUGAAGAGGAGCGAUUGUAGAUUCGGAAAGUCACUUAGCCAGCAGACUGCUGUUCAUAGUGCCCUGUUAUAGUGGGUUCCCUAGGCAGAGCGGCAGAGACGCGAUUAAAAAGCGAAAACAAGAGAGGCGGACAAGAGGGAGAGGCGGAAGAGAAUCAAGUUGUUGGGGAAAGAGUGCGUGAGCGAGGAACGAAAUGUCGGGAAUCGGAUGAAAUAGAAGCGCGUGGCAUAUCGACCAUCGGAUACGAGACUUUUCUAUUUUUUUUUUCUCUAAACAAUUUCGAUCGAACACGCAAUCGCGACAACACAACGACUAUUAUCCGUAUUAUUAAUCGUGACAAACUCGUCGCAAGUUUUUUAAUCACGAUCGAGGUUUCCAUCCCCGUUUUCGACCGACUUUUCCCCGUCGACGAUUCUUCCGACCUAUUUUUUUUUUUUUUUUUCCUUCUCCAAAUCCGAAUUUCCAAAAAAGAUUGAUCGCAAGGAAAGGAAUCCCUGUACCGUUUCGAUGCUCGAGAAAAACAAAUAUGUGAAAGAAACGAGUAUAAUUUUCUUUUUUUUUUUUUUUUUCAUUCAACGAAUCUCGGUUUCGCGUAAUGUAACAAUAUAUGAUUUAUAAAGAUGUAUUGUUGAAUAUUACGAUUAUUCACGAUUAACACGACGACAACACCGUUUACUGUUAUCACUGCUAUCGCGUUGAAAGAGGGAUAAAUAAAGCUCCGUCGUCGGAUGGUUGGGUUUCGAUGAUCGAUCCGGUAUUCCGGGAUAUCCACUUGACCGCAUAUACUAUUCGCGAAUCGAUCGGGGGCGGGGAUGGAAUAUUCGAAUCGUGGACAAAAGCUCUCUACGCUCGAGCCACUCGAGGUUUAAUCAGGUUUGAAGGAAAGAAAGAAGGAAAGAAAGAAUCGUAGCUUGGUAUAUAUAUAUAUACAUAUAUAUAUAUAUAUAACGAGUAGUACUCCGCUCUCUGCCCACGGGACCCUGAUCUAUUUUUCAGAAUACGCUAUUGUGAUUAUUACUAUAUGAUAACAUUUAAAGAAGAAAAAAAAAAAAAA